AACUAGCAUCUGCACUUUUUCAAUUCUACGUGACAAAAGAUUUGUCACAAUCAUUCGUGAAUCCUGAAACGGACCAAGAAAUGGCAAUUCAAGCACAGCACCACUAUAUAUUCGCAUCACAGCUUUCAAGUUGGACAUUAAAAUCACCGCCAGGUUGUGAUAUCAAAGCAUCCUGA